AUGACACCCAAAGAACUUGAAGUUUACUUUGGUAAAGGUGUAUCAGGAACUUUAGCUGUACCAUUUGGAGCCAAUGCUGACCAGUAUGAAGAUGGUAUAGAACCUGCUACUCACAAAAUGGCUUUGAUCUUGCAUGGUCAAGGAGGACAUAGAAACUACUGUUAUCAGAAGCUUUUAGCCCAUCGAUUGGCCAAAGAAGGGAUAUACUCUUUAAGAAUCGACUUCAGAGGUUGUGGAUCAAGUGCAGAUAAUGCAGAUGAUAAGGUUGGUAGAGUUUUGACUCAAGACGUAGAAGAUAUUCAAGAUUCAGUAGAGUUUUUAAUCGAUGGUAGCAAGAACCCACUAAAGAUAAAUUUUACUUUAUCAUCGAUAAUAUCACAUUCCAGGGGUUCGGUUGCCAUGUUUCUUUGGGCAUUAGAGCAAGACGAAUUGAUCAAAAGUGGAUCUCCCAAAGGCAUGAUUGUCCCCAAUUUGAUCAAUUGUUCUUCAAGAUUUCAAUCUCAUACAGUUUUAGAUAGGUACCCUUUACAUGACGAGGAGUUUGUUCAAGUGCCACAGAUGGUGUUAAGACAUGGAAAGUUUCAACCUAUUGAUAUUAUGAAACGUGAAUUACUUGACUUAGCUGAAGCGGAUUUGAGCAAGUUGAAUGACUUAUCGUUAGAUUUUUCAGUAUUGAGUAUUUAUGGAUUAGAAGAUAAUAUCAUUCCUAUUGUGGAUAGUUCUCAUUUUGCUAACGUAUUGAACAGGGGCCAUUUAUCCCAUAAAUUGGAGUUGAUCCCCAUGGCAGAUCAUAAUUUCUUUGGGACAGUGCCCAUUGAAAACGAAGUCGAUGCUGAAGAUUACAAUCCUGAGAAUUUACCAUUGAACAAGAGUAAUCUUGUGAACUACAGUUCAGUGGUCGUGGACAAGAUUAUUGAUUAUUUGAGACCAGAGAAUGAGCUAUUAAGAUUUUUACAUGUAAGUAAAAACAUCGGUCAUUUAUCUAGAUGGAAACAAGUAGAAGGUAUUUCUAAUUUCAGAGAUAUUGGGGGCUGGAAAUUAACUAAUCCCAGAUUCCCCACCAGAGAUCCUUCUCCUUCUACCUACUACGUGACUCACAAUCUUAUGUUCAGAUGUGCUAAUACGGGAGAUGCCACUCCAAAUGGUUUAGCUACGUUACAAAAGCUAGGAAUUACAGCCAUGUUUGAUCUCAGAUCUGAUGGAGAAUGUGCCAGAGAUGGAUAUCCAAAAGAUUUAGAAAAGUAUGGGAUUAAAAGAAUCCAUGCUCCAGUAUUCUCCAAGGACGACUAUUCACCUCAACUGAUAGCCGUAAGAUAUGCAAACUUGAUGACCAGUUGGAAUACAUAUGUUAAUGUUUACGACGACAUGUUAAAUCAUGGUGCAGAAGCUUACAGAAGGAUCUUUGAGUAUAUUCGUGAUGAAAAUAAACCAUUUGUCUUCCAUUGUACAGCUGGGAAAGAUCGAACAGGAAUGGUUUCCAUGUUGAUUUUAUUGUUGAGUGGUUUAGACCAUCAUGUAAUAGCCAAAGAGUAUGAAUUGACUACAAUUGGGUUAAAACCAGACCAUGCCAAAAUCAAAGGAAACUUUAUGAAAAUCGUUUCCAAAAUGAAAGAAAAGAUGGGAGGUCCCCUGGACUUUGAAAAGUCUCUUGGUCAAGGUAGGAAGAACUUUACCAUUGAGGAAGAUGGUUUCAAUAAUUUGAUCAGCUCCAGGUACGAAGCCAUGUUAUCAACGAUUGAAUUAUUCAAUGAUAAAUAUGGAGGUAUCAUGAAGUACAUGACAGUAAACUUGGGAUUCAAUGAGGAUGAUAUCUUGAAGAUAUUCAAUAACAUUGUUAUCAACGACAAAGUCGGUUACCUCGAGGAGAGUUUCUUGCAAUGGAGUCACAGAAACUCCACAGGUCCUAAUUUAUAG